CCCAUUGCCCUGCACUGCUGCGAGUGACGUACUGAAGAGUGAAGAUGCAGAAUUAAUCGUUCGAGUUAUUUCCCUUUACAUGCGUGUUUGUGUUUUGAAGGUAACUCCAUAUAAAGGUUUUCUAGUGAAGUGAGUAACUACAGAAUUCUGCCGAAAUGCCUCACAGAAAGAAGAGAAUUUUUACAAAAGAAAACUCUGUAAAAUUUUUACUGCUACAUGGAAAUACAGAAGCUACAAAUGCAGACGGUGAAACUCUUGAAAAUGUCUUUGUUCCAGUAUCAAAGAACUACAAACCUGGAACUUCUCUUCUUGCCUCACAAUUUGCAAACAUAUGUGGUGUUUCUGCAUUAGAAGAUGACAAUGAAGAAGAACCUGACUUGGAAAAAAUAAUGGGUGAGUUUGAUGACUCUGACUGCGAUGAAAAAGUUGAAACUUUAGUUCCAAAAUUGAAGAAGCUAUGCUUGGGAAAGGAAACAAGAUUGAAUGAAUCUGGCUGUUAUGAAAAGUCCUUGGAAUUUAAUUUCGGCAAUGAAAGUGAAGAAUGUGUUUCAGAUCAAUUUUCUGAUGUUAGCUCUGAUGAUGUUUUAAAUGAAUACCCACUUACCUCUGCUACUAUUAAUUGUCCAGAUAAUAUCAAAACCUUCAAUGAACGAUUUGAAAAGUUGAUGGAAGAAUAUGAUGAUGAUCAAAUUGGUGCUCUGGAUGAGGAAGAAAUCUGUGGUAAUCUUUCUGUAGAAUGUGAAAGAGUACAGAAUCUUAUUGACAGCUCAAAAAAUGCAAAAGAAAUUGUUGAGAUUGGAAAUACAGAAAAAUGUAUUAAGGAAAAAAUAUUACAUUAUGCUGAAGCUGAUGUUGAAGAAAAAUAUAUUGAAAUUGUAACAGAAAAACCUAUAGAACAUGAUUGUGAAUCUAUAUUGAGUACUUAUUCAAAUAUUUAUAAUCAUCCAGCAAUUAUUAAAGAAGAAUCUAAGAUACAAAGGAUUAAAAUUCCUAAUAAUCCUUUCAAAAAGCUUACAAAAAGCGAUUUAAAACGUAUACCAAUUGAUGACAGUGAGACAGGAUCAGAGUCAGAGGACAACGUAUCUAUUGCUACCAGUUUCAACAUUAGGCCAAGAGGUGAAACUCCUGAACAGAGAAAGGAAAGAAAAAAUUUGUUUAAAGAAGCUAAAAGGGAAAGCAGAAUGUUAAAGAAAGAAAAUAAAUUAGCUUUCAAAGAAGAAAAGAAAUUAAGAACACAACAAGCUAUUAAUGCCCGCCGUAAUAAGGGUAUCAGACUCUUGUAAUACUUUAUUAAAUAAUUUUGUUAAUUUAA